AUGGGGAGCCGCGGGGAAGGCGGGGCUUCGGCUUCGGCUUCGGCUUCGGCUUCGGCUUCGGCUUCGGCUUCGGCUUCGGCUUCGGCUUCGGCUUCGGCUUCGGCUUCGGCUUCGGCUUCGGCUUCGGCUUCGGCUUCGGCUUCAGGCGGUGUCUCCCCAGGCUCCUCGCGCAGGGUUUGUCUGGAGGAGGUUAUUCAAGUAGCAGGUUACCACGUCACCGCACCUGCAGGGGCAAGCAGAGAGAAUGCACAUUCGCUAACCGUAUUGCCAGCGACAGAGGUCAUUCUGAGAGGGAACUGAUUGCAACCCUGCC